CGAUGCCAGAGAGGCCGCGAUGCCGGAGGGACGGAGGAUCGCCUUCCCUCGCCCUCACCCGGUCCAACUCCAUCGGUCGUCGUUUCGAGGAGGUGGUUGGAGCGCUAGCUAUACGUGGACUCGUUCGGCCGGGCAUGCAGGGCCUACUCGGGGUGGCGCUCUUGGGUGAGGGCGCUUACUCUGCUGUUUACAAGGUCCUACGAGUCGCAGAUAACGAGGUCUAUGCCCUGAAGAAGGUGAAAUUGCCGUCCCUCUCGGACAAGGAGAAGCAGAACGCCCUCAAUGAGGUGCGUCUUUUGGCUUCGGUGUGCCAUGAGAACGUGGUGGCCUAUAAAGAGGCCUUUUGGGAUGACAAGACCCGGUGCCUUUGCAUUGUCCAGGAGUGUGCGGAUGCAGGAGACCUUCUCCAGCAGAUCAACCGCUGCAAGCAGGAGCGCGCCUACCUCCGAGAGGCUGACGUGUGGCGCUACCUGGACGGGAUGUGUCAAGGGCUGAAGGCCCUGCACGACCUGCGGAUUCUCCACCGAGAUUUGAAGUGCGCAAAUGUCUUCCUAAGCCACUCCAGGGAUGGGCUCAUCGCCAAGUUGGGAGACUUCAAUGUCUCCAAGGUGGCCAAGCGGGGCUUGUGCAUGACUCAGACGGGAACGCCCUAUUAUGCCUCCCCGGAGGUGUGGAGGGACAUGCCCUACGACGCCAAGAGUGACAUGUGGUCCUUGGGUUGCGUUUUGUACGAGAUGGUGGCCCUACGGCCUCCUUUCAGAGCUGAAGACAUGGAGGGCCUGUACCACAAAGUGGUCAGAGGUCAAUAUCCAAGAAUUCCUGCUCAUUAUGGUCAAGAUCUGGCGGAUGUGAUCGCUGCAUUGUUGCAGGUCCACCCAAGGAAUCGGCCUUCGGUGGAACAACUGUUGCAAAUGCCACAGAUGCUCCGGCAUUCCAGUGGUCUCAAAGAGGAGUCCAGACCUGCUGGGGAUUUGUUAUCGACCAUCAAGUUACCGAAGAAUGCCAUCGAUUUGAGUGGCUGUUUGCCAAAGCCACGCUAUGUGGCACCUGAGGAGAUGCCGUUGCUUCGGGAAGACGACCUCAUGUCCCACCGCUCACAGGACCGCCCAGAAGAGGCUUCCACUGGCGCGCUUGGGCGGCCGCGUGAGCGGCAGAAAGGGAGCUCAGGCGAAAGCCAGGCAAGCCGGCCUCCUUUACCACCGCGCGGCCCACGUGAGCGCCGCCCCGAGCCGGAGGUGCCAACUGCAGCGGUGACCCCAGCGGCUCCCGUGGCGCCUUCCGUGGCGCCUUCCGUUGAGCGGCCGGGAGUUGAUAGCCUGGACGCAUACUUGCAGCAAAGGGAAAAGGCGAGCGACAUCGACCGCGCCGCCCGGGCGCACCCGCACCACGCACAUGCGGUGCCACACACACAUGCUGCCCAUGCUCAUGAACGACGGCGCAGAGAGGAAGGCAGUCAUGGCAGCCACGCACCUUCACGGCCCUUGCCUCCGGUCGACAGAGGUCCCCACGGCCAUGCUUAUGCCGCGCACAUGCCAGCACGACCGCCGCCUGCCCGGCGACCCCGUCAUGAGGUCUUGGAGAGAGAGAAGGCUGAAGCAGGUCGCCGCAAGAGAUCGAUCGUGAGAUUGUUUUGAUGCUGAAAAUAUCCAUGUGGAUCGAGUUGGAGAUUCGAGUUGAUG